CAGAUGAUGAUUAAGUUGGUGAAAUUUAAAAGUUAAGAAAAAGAAAAAAGGUAAAGAAGAAAAGAUGGAGUAUGAAGAGGAGCAAGAAGAGGAGCAAGAGGGCGAGAUCCCGAGUUACGACGAGUCAACCCGCGCCGCCUCUCCCCCGUCUUCGGCGCCGUCUCCGUCCCCCCUCCGCAAGUCCCGCUACAAGGAGUGCCUCAAGAACCACGCGGUGGGGAUCGGCGGCCACGCCGUCGACGGCUGCGGCGAGUUCAUCGCCGCAGGCGAGGACGGCUCCCUCGAGUCCCUCCGCUGCGCCGCCUGCGCCUGCCACCGCAACUUCCACCGCAAGGAAGUUGCUGAUGGAAGCGCUGGCGGUGGAAUCGGCGCAGGCGGCGCCGCGUUCUUCCCCUUCCAGCACCAGCAGCAUCAGCAGCUGGUGCUGGCCCACCAUGGGCACUUUGGGUACCGCGCCACAAGUGCUGGCGGCGGCGGGUACCUUCAUGUGCCCCAGCAGAGGGCGGCGCUGCUGGCGCUGCCCUCUAGCUCCGGGGGUGGGGGGUCUAGGGAGGAGGCGGACGAGUAUAAUUAUUACUCGGGGCCCGGGGGAGGGUCGCAGAAGAAGAGGUUUCGGACGAAAUUCAGCCAGGAGCAGAAGGAGAAGAUGCUGAGCUUUGCAGAGAGGUUGGGGUGGAAGAUUCAGAAGCAGGAUGAGGAGAUUGUGCAGCAUUUCUGUGAUGAAUUGGGGAUCAAGAGACAUGUGCUUAAGGUUUGGAUGCAUAACAACAAGCACACUCUUGGUAAGAAAACCUAGUCAAUUUUUAUCCCUUUUUUUUUGUUUAAUUCUCAAUAUCUAUCCAUCUAUAUAUAUGUGUGUAGGUGUUUGUCUUGCUUAAUUUGUAAUAUUAGGGUAUGGAAAUUGUGUUUCAAUUCCUCAACAUUCUUGCUUAGCUAAUGUUAUGAUGAUAUUGAUGAUGAUGAUGAUGAUCCAUUAGGGUUUUUUCCCC